UGGUACACGCGCGUAUGGCCAUGUAGUAGUGUAACAUGUAUAGUACAUAUGCAUACAUGUACAUGUACUGUGGCCAUGUACAUGUACACCAUAUAGUAAUGCGCACAGUAUUCAUGUCAUACUGUACGGAUGAACUGUAUUGAGGAACAAGAAUAUGUGUCUUAAGAUAGCAGUUUUUCAAAAAAAGAAGCAACUCGCCAAACCUAGUCAUCAUGGAGGAGGCUGGCGUGCUGCACUGACCUCCACACCGCCAAAUGCACCACUCCACUCCACGCACCACUCAUGGCCGCCUUCGCUGCUGCAGUAGCCGAAGAAUUCAACGAACAGCAAUGGUGUGCGCUCUGUUCAGAACGUUUGCAGGGUACGGAACCCAAAGUCCUGUCCUGCUUUCACAAGUUCUGCCGGCCGUGUUUAGAGAUGCGAAUUGCCGAGCCAGAUCGCAUCCGGUGUCCAACUUGCUAUCAGGAAAGUCAGCUAGGCGACUUGGGGGUGGAUGGGCUGCCGACCGAUCUUUUCAUCAGUAAUAUUCUCGAUGUUGUGGGCAGUCAUGAAGAUGAUGGGGACGGGGUGUCGUUGCCGACCGACCGGCGAAAUUGCAAUUCUUGUGAUGAGGGGCAAAUUGCUUCAAGGCUGUGUAGAGACUGUAAUGAGAGAUUAUGUGAAAGCUGUGUUCAGGCUCACCUGCGUGUUAGAUUGACUAAAGAUCAUCACAUUGUUAUGCUGCAAUCCCAAGGGCCAAAUAUUUCCAGCGGUCGACACAGAAAUCCACAUCAUCAGUCCUACCAGGCACAGAUACAGCCAGUUUCCGAUAGACCCCCAAGCUACUGUGAAAUCCACACAGAUGAAGUCUUGCGACUUUAUUGUGAUUCAUGUAGUAAAGCAAUAUGUCGGGAUUGUACCAUGAUGGAUCAUCGUGGGCACAGUUGUGUGUACCUCCAAAAUGCUAUCGAGGACAGUAAAGCCAUCACCCUCCGUCUUCUCAGUGAUGCUAAAAAUGGCAUGCAUGCAUUAGAGGACAGUUUAUCCCACACUCGAUUGAUGGCUGAGCAAGUUGAAAAGAGAACACAGCUUGUCGUGAAAGAGGUCCAAUCGGUCAUGCGUCAUCAUCUAACAGCUCUGGAGGAACGGGAACGUGAUUUGCUGCGAAAAGUUGAAAAAAUCAGACAGGUCAAAGGUCGGGCAUUGCACAUGCAGAUGGAAGAUUUGAAGCAAGGAUUGGAGAGUGUGUCCAACUGUAUUGGGACAGUAGAGAACGCUUUGCAGACCGGAACCGAUUUGGACGUCCUUAAGACCAAGGACUUGAUUGCGAAUCAGGUGCAGGCCCUGCGAGGUUUAAGAGGACACCUUCAACCACAUGAAGACGACCAGGUUGUAUUUACACCCCCUGAUGCUGCCCUUCAUACUGCUAUCAGCUCUCUUGGUUUCAUUAGUAGUAGUGCCUAUGCGCCAACCUCGUAUGCCACUGGUGAUGGGCUGAAGCGUGCGCUACAGGGUAAAGUCACAACUUUUAUGGUACACGCCAAGGACCACAAUGCUGAGUCCCGCUGCAUUGGAGGCGAAGCUGUUGAGGUCGUCAUCCAAGGACCUGAAGGUGGACUCUACCCAGCUGAAGUUGUUGAUCGUCAGAAUGGUACCUACGCUGUCAGCUACAGACCACAGCUUGAGGGCCAACAUGUGGUGUCGGUAACCAUCCGCGGAAAAAACAUCCUAGACAGCCCUUUCAUCGUUACAGCUCGGACCGGUCGGAAUUAUGCCAAAAUUGCUAAAGUUCAACUCAACUUUGGCAAUGAGGGUGAAGGUGAUGGUCAGCUUUGUCGUCCGUGGGGAAUCGCUGUGAAUAAAGACAACUUCAUCAUCAUAGCAGAUCGCAGUAACAAUCGCAUUCAGGUCUUCACUCCGAAAGGAAUAUUUCAUCACAAGUUUGGCUCGGCAGGAUCUCGAAAUGGCCAGUUUGACCGUCCGGCUGGAAUCGCCAUGGAUAGCCGUGGAAACAUUAUCGUUGCGGAUAAAGAUAACCAUCGAAUACAGGUAUUCACAUUCGAGGGGCAGUUCCUUUUCAAGUUCGGCGAGAAAGGCAGUAAGAACGGCCAGUUCAACUAUCCAUGGGACGUGGCUGUGAACAACGAGGGAAAGAUUCUGGUGUCCGAUACACGCAACCAUCGUAUCCAAGUCUUCCAUCAAGAUGGCACCUUCUGCAAUAAGUAUGGCUUUGAGGGCGCUCUUUGGAAGCAUUUUGAUUCACCAAGAGGAGUUGCUUUCAACAAUGAGGGCCAUGCCGUCGUCACCGACUUCAACAAUCACCGGCUGCUUGUCAUCACUCCUGAGUUUACAUCCGCUCGCUAUCUCGGCUCGGAGGGCAGUAAUAACGGGCAAUUUCUCAGACCUCAAGGAGUGGCCAUCGAUCAAGAGGGAAACAUCAUCGUGGCCGACUCAAGAAACCACCGCAUCCAAGUGUUUCAGCCAAACGGCAACUUCCUCUGCAAGUUCGGAAUUCAGGGAGUACAGGAAGGCCAGCUGGAUCGCCCCUCCGGAAUAUGCGUCACUCCAGAUGGUGUCAUCCUCGUUGUGGACUUCGGCAACAAUAGAAUACAAGGUUUCUGAAUUUUAUUGUAAUUUACGGGUAUUAUAUAAGCUGUCAGAGGUGGACGGCUGGUGAGUCAGAAAGGUUCGUACCUUUAAGUUGUUUGCAUUUUGACCACAUCACAUUAAACAAAAAAUUGUAUAUAAAAAUUUGCUCUUUCUUUGUUUGUGUUGAAAAGUUUUGCUUCGCAGUGCUCAAAGCAUUUUAAACUCUGCAGUGCUUUUCAGUACUUGUGACAAGUCGUGAUACACGUACCCAUAAAGCCCAAAACAAAAAUGCAAUUUUUAAUUUUUAAAAUUGUGUUUCUUCCUCCAGGAUUUUGUAUAGAAUGAAAUGAUGCUUGCAUGUGAUGUAUAAUGUAAAGAUACAAUUUAUAUUUUAUCUGAUGUGCUUUCUCAGGAGAUUCUGUGAUGCAGGUUUUAAAUGCAAACGUCUCAAGGGUGCAACAGCAGGGAAUAAUAUUUAAUAUAGCAGGCUGUUGUUCAGAGCAUAGCACUUGUUUUAAUACCUUUUCACUUGAUGAUGCUUUAUAAUUGUAACUUUUCAAAUGAAAACUAUCAGUUUGUUUUGUUUGAAAUGCAUAGUCAGCUAUGAACUUUGUUGUAAAAAAAAAAAAAAAAAAAAUUCAAAGCGGAGUCUUUCUGCGUGGUACAAAUUCUAAGCCAAUUUUAAGAAAACUAAAAUCUCAUGCUAGCUAUCGCAUUUAAAGCAUUUAAAAUGAUAACCAAGGUUGGCCAACUUCAUAAAAAAUUGCCUGGCAAGUUUUAAAAGAAAAGAAAGAAGGAAAAACAAAAAGUUUUGUAAAGUAGUUGUGUCAACUCAUUGCGACUUUUGUCACUGAUUUGUGGUGUUGAAAUAACGCCACAUUAAAAUAUUACUCUUCCACCACCAAAGAUUUAUAAAUUGUCAAAAUAUUUAGAGUUUUAGCAGGAGGACAGCCCAAGGCUGCUUUUUUGCAGGUCAAACCGUGCAGCAAGGUGCUAACCUGCCUUGCACCAAUUUUAUGAUUUUAUACUCAAGACAAAUGCUUAUAAAGCAAUUCAGGGUUUGCUAAUUCUUUGUAAGUAUUGUUUUUGCUGUUUUAAUUCAGAAGUGAAUAAAACUGUCCCUCAGAUGACUAAGAAUUGAUACAACAAGUAUUUAUAGCAAGUUUACUAGAGAGUAGAAAUUGAAAUCAUUAGGAAGUGACAAAGGUUUACAUGACUUUCAAAAAAACACAAUUUCUCCAUUUACAACCGACAUGCUAAUGAACAACAUGUUUUGGACAGAACACUAAAUUCAAAGACUUCUUGAAAUUGUUGUCUUAAUACCACCAGCAGUCAAAGCCAAGGGCUGUGUCCCCGAAACCAUCACUUAGUAAUUGCUAUACAAAAAUAGUAAGUAUGCAAAUUGCAAAUGCUACUGUUUCUGACCAAAACACAAGUAGUGAAAGCUUGCUCCGCUUUUUGUGUGAUAAAUCGUUCUGUGAAUGGUGAUUCCUUGUUCUUAAAAGUAGUGAAAAUGUUGUGAGUUUGUAAGUUUUAAACAGCACCUUUUAAAAUUCUACCUCAUUUAAGUUUUGCACCUCAUUAUAAAUGUAUUAAGUAGGGUUAGUUUUACAUAUUUAAAGCAGUGCCUUGUUCUUUUGUAUGUUAAUUUUGGUUUGUUCGAGCUUCUGCUCUUUAUAAUUUAAUAUUUCAGUGUCUAGAAAAUGUUAUGUGGGCUUGUUUUUAUGCCCUUUUUUCCCCUCCAAUUUAUCACGUUGUAUUUUGUAAGUUGUUUUGUGUUUUUUCCAUCUAUGUUGAUUUGCUAAAUGAUUUAAUCACAUGCCACAUGUAAAAAGUCAAAAACAUCAUCGUUUCAAGAAUGACAGUUUUUGUGCCAACAUAGAUGACUUCCAAUAUAUAUUUUUACUUUGAAGACUCAGGAGUAUUUUCAUUCGGGCUGUCACCUGGUUACAGCUCGCUCUUUCACAAAUACCAAGCAAUUGCCGCAUUGCUGCAAGAAGAAUUGUCAGCAAGAUUUGUUCAGCCAAGUCGUACUGCGUGUUGUCUCGGUUUAGGUCUUCAUAUGUUACCGAGAUGUACAUGUAUAGAUCUGUAUCAUAUGCAAUAUAAUUAUGCAAAGUGCUGACUUAAAUGUAACGGUUUACCAAACGCAUCGCCAUGACUCACUUUGAAAUGUUCCUCGCUGCUUGCAAUGCAUUACUAACAGUUCAGUACAGCAUAAUGCGCUAACAUACUCGUACAUCAGCUUACUGAAUCUAAAGGGGCGUAAUUACAAAUCAACCACAAGAAGGAAUUGUUACUCCUUUUAUUUAGUUGCCCUUGUAACAUUAUAGCUCAUUGUGAUUGAAAUAAGACAAAUGUCUCCUAACCUAGUCAUUUUAAGAAAUUAUUCAAUAAUGUAAGAUCUUGUAAAUACAAAAAAGACCAAUACAAUCCAAAUUUUAACUGAAUGUGGAUUAAUAUUUGUGAGAUAAGAAACCACGAGUCACACUAUGAACAAAAAGUACCACAAGCUGGGUCUACCUCCAUGGUGUAAGUGUCAUACAGUGUUAAAUCCAAUAUGGCGACCUCAAGCUAUCACUGCUCUACUACUACACAGUACAUGUGUUGUGUGGGUCACUGGAAAAUUUUAAUCUACAUGUAACCACACUGAUUAUGCACCAGGUCACUUUCUUCUGAUGUUGGCCCUGAGUACAGUACACUGAAUGGUUAAAGGGACUAACUAGACCAAGUCUCAUGUAAAAACCAUCUGUAUACUAAGAUUAUUAUCUACUCUACUCCUUUAACCUAAGAAAUUCUUUAACAAGAUUUAUUUCUUAGAUAAAAAGUGAGUUCAAUGUUUUUACUUCACAAGCAUUUUACAAAAAUCUAAGUUGCAUUGCUGACGUUACCUCAAACUCAAAGACAUUUUUGUAAUGACUAUGAAUUAAAUUGCCCAACGAAAUAUUAAGUUUAUAAAUAAAUGUAUCAAUAGUGUUGCAUUCUUAUAACAAAAACACAGGAACAAUUUUUACUAUCAAUCACAUAUUUAGUUUUUGGGUAGGGGUAAGGGGAAAAAUAUUGGUGGAAAUGAUUGAUUGUCAUCGAAAAUAGUAAAACACUUGUACUCUGAAACUGAUCACAAAUAGCCGAGGUUUUUUGUAAGGAAUAGCUUUGUAAGGAACAAUUACUCUCAUGCCAUAUUUACCCUUCCAGUUUGAAAACUGCCAAGGUUUGAUUUUAAUAUCUGAGUUGUUAGUACUGACACAAAUGUUAUUAAGGGUUAUUCAAUUGUCCUUAAUACAGUGUAUAUUGCUUGUUAAAAGUUGUUUUUAAUUGCUGCCAAACAAAACAACACUAAAAAUUAAUGCAGUACCUCCUGCGAGUCAUGACAUAAAGGCUGUUCUUUGCAUGUGAUUUAAAGUUCAGUUUUGCCUGGCCAAACAAAGGAGAUUCACUGACAAAAUUGACUUAGAGUAGGAAAGUUUAUGACUUGCUAUUGUUUCAUGAUAUUUCUAUCAGUAUUGUAGCUUUCUAUACAAAGAGACCUGGAACAGAAUCACAAUUUUGUUGUUGGGAAUAAUUAGAAAAAUAGGCUGCAUGUAGAGGUAAUAAUUUAUAAAUAAUCAACGUGCUGUGGAUCAAAAGUCAUAGUGGACAUAAAGGCUAUCAUCAGUAACUUACACUGCAUUUUUUUGUCCUGGUAUAUUUUGCGUGUUUUUUCAAACUAUAACAGGCCUGGAAUUUGAUCAUCGAAAGGGCAAGGUCGUUUUCAUUUUGAAAAGGGAACUUCCAUUGGAAAGGUUUAAAGUCAAUGAAUUUGCUGUCGGAUUAGAUUGGAAUUAGUAAACAUGAGUCAAAUGAAAUGUGUGCUUUUUACUGGUUUAUAAUAAUCAAUGACUGUGUGUGAUUCAUGGUAUACUAUGCUGUACACAGGAAGAGGAGGUAGUAUAGAUGCAUGUUUGGAGGCAAAAGAGUUGUUAAGAGUACUCGGUUUGCAGAAAUAACAAAACAGGCAGGUAACAACUUCUCUGCUGAUUCUGAAUUUUUGAUUUCUGCAAUAAAUAAAAAUUACAUGAAAAAUUUAAAUAUACAAUUAUGCUGCGAUAAAUGUUAUUAUUCCAAUUUGUUUCACUCUAUGGAACAAGUUGUAAAUAACUAUAAAAGUUGAAUCAGAUUAUUAGUUUUUGUAGCUGAAGUGAAGAUCUUAUUCGUCACACUGGAAGAUCAAAAUCUAAGUAAAAUAUAUAUGUUUGUUCCAUAUUUCAGUCAGCCCAGAUAAAUAACAAAAAUAGCACAGUUGAUCUCUAAAACCUAUGGUCUCAAAGUUUGGAACAAUCACUUACGAUUGAAAUUGGUACGUGUAAAUACAAUGAACAAGUGUUCCUGCCAGCAUUUUUAACUGUAAAUUUUUAAAAUUAACAUAAACUGGCUUAAUCAGUAUAAGGAGUUUGAGGUCGUGUAGAUAUUGGAAUGUACACUAAUCCUAUUACUUUGUGACAAACUUUGAAAAACAAAGAUUGUAAUUUAGUUCUCAUGUUUAUAGGGGAAUUCAAGUGGCAUUAUUAGCUUACCGUUUUCACAGCAUAAAUGUACUGCUCAAACUUAAAUUGAUGUUUUAAAUUUGUCAUGGAAAUCACUGGCCAAUAACAUUUUUAGGCUGUAGCAUAUUACUCAAAUUACCAAAACCUUUUUAAAUACAACAAGUUUGACUUGAGUUUUAUUGACUCUGUGCUGCAUAGCCAAACUAUACCAUUCUCUUUAAAUUUUCUUGAGUUUUGGUUUUGCGGUGCCAUGAAUGUGCUUAUUGGUUUUGGAUGAUGAUAGCAAGAUCUUGGUAAAAUAUGUUGGUCUUGGGGGGGGGGGGUCAUGCUUGGCUUGUUUGGAUCAAACAUGUUGUUCACAUGUUGGGCUGAAGAAAGAACUGAGGUGAAAAUUUAAUUGAAGCUUCAGAAUAAUGCAUUAAUUGUUUUUAAAUGUUCAAAGUUGUUAGGAAAGUGAUUUUACAAUUUGAUGUGGCCAGGGUUCAUUUUCAUAGAGCUGUUCUUGAAAUGAAUGCUGUGCAAGUUUACAAUACAAGUUUAGCUCUAAGAAUGUCCUGUGCUUGGCUAAGUUGUGUGUCAGGCAAUGUGUGGAAAUUAGACCCAGCUGCCGAUUUCAAGAAACUUUACGCUGUGCCAUAAACAUUGCGCAAGUGGACUUACGCAGUUGCAUAAAGUUUCGUAAAAAUCGGCUGCUGAACUCUUUGCAUGUUUCAAGAAAGUGUACAGUAGGUGUAUAUUGUUAGUGUUAACAGCCAAUGGGAUAUUAUUAUUAAGUUUAAAUAAAGUGUAAGCCUUUGUUAUGAUGAUAACUAAUGCGCUGUACAUACUGCUUAACUGUUGCAGCCACGCUGCUGGCUACAUGUUUGUGCUGCGUGAAAAAUGACUAUAACAGGAAAAACGGAUUGCAAAGCAAGGCCUUAGGUGUGUAGCUAUAACAAAUUUGAAUUACGGGUAGCCUUGUUUGUGGUGUAUCUCUAAGAUCCCACAGAAGGCUUUUUUCAGUCCCAUCUUUAAUGUUGACAAAUAUAAUAAUGCUUUGCAAGUCGCAUCUACCUCAAUAUAGUAGUAAAAGUUGGCUCUGUUUAAUCAAGAGCUUGAUCUUCUACGUGUUUUAUCUCAGGUACUGUAUAAACAUAGUGAUUUUUUGUUUUUUUGUGGAGAGCGCUAAAUGAUAUGGUUAAGUGCAUGACUAGACAUAAUUUAGGUCAUUGAGAAUGUUUAUUUGCAGCUGAGUUGAGUUCAGGAUGUAAAUCCUCAAAUGCCAAGCAUCUUUUUUUUUUAAUGGGUAUCAUGGUUGAAAAGUUUCCAUUUUGGAGGCCCAAAUGCCACAAGUUUGAAAUUCCUCCCUGUUGCGGAGAAGCUUAAGACUUGCGAUUUUUCCACAUCUGACCGACAAUGUGCCAGUAAUUUGUCUCCACAUGUAAAUUAGAUAAGCUGUGUUUACAUUUUGCUCAAUAAAUGUUUGUUAAAUUGGUUGGAGUAUGAAGACUGUUACAUUAGAAAUGUUUUGUGCUGUCUGAAAAUUAUACUUGGCUCUUUAUUCUAAGAAAUGUAUAACUUAAUCAAAUACGCCGCUUUUGCGCAAACAUGUCUGGAGGGUAAUUGUGAGUUUGAGGGCAGCCAAACUACCUGCGUUUGAGAUGAAAUUUUUGCUUUGGUUCUGGAUACACAUCUAUUGUGGGUUUGCUUUAUCCCUUUUCACAUGACAGAAAUUUAACAAGGGUCCCUUGCUAAAUUUUAGCAUGGUUGUGACAUUUUACCAAAUGGACCUCGUAUGAAAGAACAACCAUGUUUAUCUGGCCAUAAAGGAUGGUAAAUUUUUGAAGAUUUCACUAGGUACUCAGGACAGUCCAAACAUACUUGUUCUAAAGCUCUUCUUCCACACCAAGUGCAAUUUGUACAAUUUCACAACCAUGCUUAGAUCAUUUCUACCUCCAUGCUCAAAUUAAGCAAGGGACCCCUGCUAAACUGCUGUUGUGUGAAAAGGGCAUAGUAGGUGGAACAAAGAGACAGCACAGGUGUGCAGUUAAACAUGUGUGGUCAGGUGAUGUGUAGAUCUGCAAGAACUGUAUGCAAUUUGUUGCUAACACCUCACAUGUUUACGCACACGUUUAUCAAUUGCUAUUGAGGUGUACUGUAUACAUGUACUUGUUGUUCACUGAAAGAAUCACCUGAUGUAAAUUCCAAACCCAAUUUUACCACUGUAAAUUGUAAAGCAGCAAAUAAAAAGCCUGUCUUAAUUUUAUGCUGGUUUACUGGCACAUUGUUUCAGUCAAAUCGCCAAAUGGAGACCUUUUUGAUCCAUUAUGAUUUUGUUUUGUAAUUGUAUGAUUUCUUGUUAUCAAUAUAUAUUUUUUGAUCAUAUACGGAUCAAAUCCACAUUUUGUUGUCAUAGAUGUUAAGGAUAAUUUUUAUUUUGAAAUUUAUGUUUGGUGUGUAUUAAACCUUGAAUUUAAUGAUGUAAAAGUAAAUAAUUUGAUGUUAGAAUUGUACCUGUAGUAGAUGAGUCGAGUAUUUGUUCUAUAAAAUGAAAUAUAAAAAUUAAUUUUCUUUACACAAUUUUAUACACUAAUAUGAAGAUUUUCAAUCCAUGAAAAUGAAUCUCUCUUACUUUGAUUGUGUAAAAAGGUGAUUGAAAACCAACAGAUUUCUGAUGAAUUGUUGCCACAGAAAUUACUGUUUCUUAAUAUUGUAUGUGAUUAGAAAGAUCAAUUAAAAUGCUGCAUGUGUCUGUAAUUAUUUAGUGUUUAGAUAUUGGUUUAUAAUGGAAACAAGUGAAUAAGUAUGUUAGCCUAGAAAAUGUACAAAAGAUGUAUUGCAAAAAAUGCCGGGUGUUCACAUGGGUUCAGUUUUGCUGUGUUUACUUUUAAAAAGUAAAUUUUACUAACUAUCUUUCUACUUUUUAUACAAUACACUUUUCAAGCUCUGCUGAUUUGCAUGACAGUGAUAUGGGGCCUUGGAAUCCUUGACAUGUUCUUUUCUGUUGAGUAUAAACAGUUAACAAAUUAAGACAAGCUGCUCCCAUGUGAUCAUGUAAGCCCAGUUCAUGCUACUUGCUAAGGUGACAGUCCAAAAUAAUUUCACUUCACAGCUCUUGUUUUCUCUGUGAUUGUUUUGCAGAAGUUGAGAAUAACUGUUUUGAAUUGUUCGUUGCGAGUUUCUGACUUCAAAAUAUACUUUGUAUGAACUGGGACCUAACAAACGAGUACAACAAUUUUUUUCUUGAAAACACAUCACAAUUCGACUCGUUUGAAUUUCCAUCAGAUGUCUGAAGAGUACACUUUUUUUUUCUUUCCAAAUUAUGAUUUUGGUUUUGACUUUGAGUAGUAUUAUCCUAUUGAAUUUGUGUGAUAGAUUAAAUUCAUAAUAGACCAUCGAAGCAUUAAAUGUUGCCAAGCGGCAUGAAAUACCUGCAGAUAAUAUGAUGAAAUAACAUUUAGGCCCCUUCAUGUUGUAUGUUAAAUAUUCAUAUGUGCCAUAGUAAGCAAAGCUUUGAAUGUAAAAUAUUAACAAAUCCCAGAUUUAAUACCACUGCCAGUCAAAUUGGUACAGUAAGGUAUUGAUUCUCUGUUGAUCAGGUUUUUAUUGUUGGACCAAUACUCAUAUAUUGUUCAUCCAAGUCCUCCUAUUUGUGGGGAAUUGUUGUCAUUGACAGCCUAAAUUAAAAGUUCAAUGUUUUCUCAAGAGUAACUGAAACAUUUUUGGCUUGUCAGUGUGACUGAAAAGUGUGUCCAGUUUAAGCAAAGUAAGCUGUUCAGUGUAGUCCAAUGAAUGUUUGGUAACCAUUAUCUAAACCGGUAAUGCACAUUCCCUUAGCAAGAGCUAGUUUAAAAAAACUUUCAAAAAAAGACAAAUUUUCAGAAAAUAACUGUAAACGUAAAGGUGCCUAGUGCAAACAUAAUUAUCCCAACCCCUUUGAAGUGGGGACAAUUUUCUGCAGCUUGGUCAUUUUGAGUAUGUGAUUGUUAGCUUAUAGUGAUGACUCUGUGUAUACUACUAUCAAUGAGUAACUAGUAAAAAAGUGUUGUUUAUCGUGUUGUAGUAGUUUAGUAUAAAUGUUUCCAGUAAUUUGAUGUGGCCUUGGAUGGGGAAGGGAGAGAUGGUUUAAAAAAAUAUCAGGGAAAAUGUGUUACUUUCGUGGUCGGCUCUUGCUGACAUUGAUGAUGUUUGAAUACAUGUACAAAGAGAAAAUGUUUGAUUAGGAUGGAAUGCUUAAAAUAUUUAGAAUUAUUGCGACGUUACAACCCACACUUGUAUACGUACCUUGUAUGAGGGUAGCCCCAACAUUGAGUUCCCAUUGUUGGAUAGCUUUUACAAGUUGUUGCACUGCAUUUUAGUUGCAAGUAACCUGAAGAUAAUGUUUGUGUUCUUAUGGCGACAGAAAAUGGUUCGUGCAUUAAGAUGUAUUAUCAGAAUACAUUGCUAGGUGCUGAACAUCAAAUUAAACUGCAAGUGUUUUGCCUUUUUUUACAAAGAAGUGUUUUGUCCCAAAUACAAUAAGAAAACACUUUUUUUCACUUGCUUAAAUAUUCCAAAGUUUGCUUUUGUAAAAUGCCAAACCUGAUUGUAAUCAAGUUAAGUUCAUACUCAUUUUAUUAUGUUGUAUUUAGUGUUUUUAAACUACCUCGUUUUGGUGCAGAAUGUUCAAAUGACGAAUUUGAAUAUCGGAAUUGUCUCAGUCUGUGUUUGUUGGUAGUACAAGAAGUUGACAAAUACAGUGAUACUUGUCGGCUUGGAAAUCUUUAAAAAGUUUAACAAGCACUUAAGAGUGUUUAAAUGCUUUAUUGUGACAUACAAUGUCAUAUAAUCUUUAAUAGCCAAGCUUACCUCACGCAUCAAAAUGUAAUGUUUCUUUUUUGUUUUAGCAAAUAAAAUAAAGGCCAAAAAAAGUA